AUGCACAUUUGUGUGCCUCGUCGAUUUGUCGGUCGACUAAUCGGUAGACAGACGGCCAAUAUCCAGUCCGUGAUUGAUAAAUCUGGCGUAUCACAUAUACACUUUAAUGAUCAUCCCGCCGGGCCCCCAUCCCCAUCUCCAGCUGGGACUGAUGAUGCCGUUAUAGCAAAUGGCGUAAGUGGCAACCGUUUCCCUCUAAUCAUCAGCUACGAGACACAUCAAGCUUGGGAGACUUGGCUAGAGGCGCACUUCAUGAAGCAGUUUCUUGGCGACGGGGCUCAUAAAUCGCCACCUGCCCUGCCAGCAGGAGUGCCUCCGCCUCCAGCGCCACCACCACUCGGAUAUAGGCAUAAUAUAUUAAUCAGAGUAAGCACUUUCUGUAUAUCUGUUAUAUCGCAACAUCUGCAAUCCUUUGGUAUAAGAUAUUCCUUAUGGCGUAUUAUCGAGUUACGUUCUGUUUUGACGGAAGAACAUUGCUGCUCCUGA